CAGCUCACUGCAGUGUAACGAAAGUAGUGGUCUUACAUUUCACAGGCUCUCCAGCGCCACGCCAAGCCAGCGUCACAGCCACAGCCGUAUUCUGUCGUUUUUUUUAAUUUGCGUUGAAUCAUUCUAACGCACCGGGACUUUGGAGAUACGGACCGCGUGCAAAUGUUAAAAGUCAAUCUGGAUCAUAUGCUACGUUCAUCCUUUAUGCGCUCUCCAGCGGCAAAACCUGGCGAGGGGAGUGAACUGACAGAGUUCUGCUAUGUAAACUGACACCAGCAUCUUUCUCGUUUUCUCGUUGUUUGGAAAGAAAACAUGGGGAGACAAAGACGCUAUGACUAAAUGCUUUUUAUGCUCGAAAAUGUGGAAACUCUGAUCAAUGAAGGUGUUAUUCCAGCUUGGACUUUACUAGGCUCGACGAAAGGUUGCGUUCCAAUAUUCCGUGCUUUACGGAAUCGGUUGUGCUAAAAGACUUCACAGCCUGAAUAUUACAUUGUUACUACUGCGAGGGGCACCGUACAAGAUACUACCUUCACUAAGGCUUCCAAGGGGGACUGCCUUUAGUGUCUCGAGUUGCCAUCUCUCGGCGUCCAAUCAGAGGAGCUGCAAAAUAACUGUGUGGAGAGCAGGACUGACAGGAGACAUGGGCGGAGCUAAAGUCCUGCUCCUGAUGCUUGUCAUUGGCUGGGACAAGACGAUGUGUGUCAACUGGAAUCCAAUCCCCCGCAAGACGGUCCGGCACACUGAAGUGUCAGACAGCAUGGCGCGGUUUCACGCGGCGGGAGUGUGCAAUUACAGCAUCUUGACGCUGUCCGAGCAUGACAAGGUGCUGUAUGUCGGCGCAAGAGAGGCCCUUUUCGCCCUGGACCCCAAUGACAUCAGCACGCAACUGAGGCCUCAGAUUGAGUGGCCAGCCCCUCAGGACAAGAAGAAAGAGUGCGCUUCGAAGGGAAAAAACAACCAGACGGAGUGCUUCAACUACAUCCGACUCCUGCAGAGCUACGAUCACACACAUCUCUACACCUGCGGCACCUACGCCUUCCAGCCCAAGUGUGCUUUCAUUAACAUUGACCACUUCAGUCUCAACACUGCCGCCCUGGAGGAUGGCAAGGGAAAGUGUCCAUAUGACCCUGCUAAGAGCUACACCGGUCUCAUCAUUGAUAAAGAACUGUACUCUGCCACCUUCAACAAUUUCCUGGGCACUGAACCAGUGAUUCUGCGUAACCUGGGCCAGCAGCACUACAGCAUGAAAAGUGAACCUACAUGGCUUGGUGAGCCAGAGUUUGUGGGCUCAGCGGUGGUGAGGGAGAGUCGGAGCAGCAGCGAGGGUGACGAUGAUAAGAUCUACUUCUUCUUCAGCGAGCGUGCCGUCGACCUGGACUGCGAUCCAGAGCUCACUGUAGCCCGAGUGGCCCGCAUCUGCAAAGGAGAUAUGGGGGGCACUCUGACCCUGCAGAAGAAGUGGACCACCUUCCAGAAGGCUAACCUGGUGUGCUCGCUCCGUGACCGCCACGUCACGUUCAACAAGCUGCGGGCCGUCUUCACCCUGCCGGGAGUGGACUGGCGGGGCACCAGCUUCUUCGGCCUCUUCCACGCCCAGUGGGGCGAUGUGGACGUGUCGGCUGUGUGUCAGUACCAGAUUGAGGACAUGAGGAGAGUGUUUAACGGGCCUUAUAAGGAAAUCCAGCAGGGCUCUGGGCGCUGGACGCGCUACCGGGGCGCCGUGCCCAGCCCCCGACCAGGAGCGUGCAUCACCAACUGGCACCGCGAGAACAACUACAACAGCACCCUGCAGCUCCCAGACACCACCCUCAACUUUGCCAAGAGCCACCCGCUGAUGGAGGAUGCUGUGGAGGCGCAGCCCCUGCUGAUCACCAAGGGGGUCAACUUCACCCGGCUGGCCGUGGACCGGGUCAGCUCACUGGACCAGCGCCAGUACAACGUGCUCUUCAUCGGCACGGCGGAGGGAUGGCUUCAAAGAGUGGUAAUCCUGGGCACUGAGGCCCACGUGAUUGAGGAGAUCCAGCUGUUUGAUACCCCGCAACCCGUGGACAGCUUGACCAUAUCCCACACCAAGAAGUAUUUGUACAUUGGCUCGAGCUCCGCGGUUCUCCAGCUGCCCUUGGCCAAUUGCAGCCGUUACCACUCGCAGCCAGACUGCCUCCUGUCCAGGGACCCGUACUGCGCCUGGGACAGCGAGGGACGGGCCUGCAUCCGCUUCGACCUCCACGGCGGGUCGACCUCCACGCUGACACAGGAUCUCAUGCUGGAUAGAUUCAAAGGCAAGUCCAAGAUCCAGAAGCCUGUCUCCAUCCCCAGCCCAGAGCACUCCAGGCUGAAGAACGUGACUGUGGUUGUCGGGUCUGACCUGGUGCUCCCCUGCCACCUCGUGUCCAACCUGGCCCAGCCCUCCUGGUCCCUGAACGACAAGGAGCUGGACCUGGGCAACGAGGCCAGCUCGGGGCCCCGGUUCGACCGAGCCCUGAGGGCCCUGGUGGUGCCCGAGGCCGGCGCCCCCCAGGCGGGCCGCUACGUGUGCUACUCGGAGGAGCAGGGCGUCAAGUUCCAGACGGAGCGCUACCAGGUGGCGGUGGUGGCCAGCGCCCCGAUCGUCAUGGAGUCCCGGGCUCCAGACGGCAGCAUGGGGCUCUUCUGGGUGCUGGUGAUCACCCUGGGGGUGGCCUGUCUGCUCCUGCUCAUCGUCUCCCUCUAUCUGCGGCGCCGGCUGAAGCUGGCCUUGGGCAAGGGUGCCGAGAUGAAACCGCUGGAGAGCACGCUGGUGUACCCCAUCACCCUCCCCAAGGAGCCGCCCACGUUCGUGCCCAGCAAGAUGCCCAACGACGAGGACCGCUUCUGGGAGACGGGCGCCAACUACUACUACUCGGACGGCUCGCUGAAAAUCGUGCCCGGGCACGCGUUGUGCCCCGCGGCAAGCUCCUCGUCGCCCAGCGCCAUCCCGGGACAGCCCAUCCACUCUCCCAGCCGCCUGAGCCUGACCAGUAUCCGCAACUCGGGCGCCAACGGCUACAUCCGACUCAACCUGAGCACGGCCGGGGAGGAGAGGAGCAGUGGGGGAGGCCUCACCACCGGAGGUGGGGGAGCUCUAAGCGGCAGUGGGAACGACUACUCCAGCCCCUUCAGGGAGGAGCUGCGCCGAACCCUCCAGCAGAGGAGCGUCCUGCCCGACGCCAACCCGGAGGAAUCCUCCGUGUAGGUGCGGGCGGGGCUUCUCGUCGGAGCAAGGCAGUGGACGGACUGGCCCAGCAAAGUGACCUACCUCCCUCCUGGAUGGAGACUUCUUUCUCUCUCACUCACUUACUCGCUCUCUCACUCAAUCACAAUCAAGACUCGACCGUUCCUCCUACCCUCUCUCCCUGGCUCCCCCUUUGCUUAUUCAGCUCAACGUGACUUUUCUUGGCAAAUUUCAAAGCGCUGUCCCCGUUGGGCGAUGCUCCAAAACCUGCUUCAGUCUGCCCUACACACAAACACACACGCACACACAGACAGAUUUCAGCUCCAUUAAAGCCUGCUCCCUCUAACCGACGCAUUGCAACCUUUGCCGUGACUACAAGAUCCUUUGUGCAAUUUCUACAUUGUGUAAAUUCUGUAUGUAAAGACACUGCAAGCGGGAAUCUGUGAAAUUGCACCUUGAGCAUGUCACAUCCGGUUUAGGUUCAGAGGGCACUGUGAACACUGAAUAGAAUACAUUGAGCCAGCCAUCCAGACAGACCUUGGCCAGGAGCUGUAAUGCUCAAGCAAACUGCGAGAGACACCAUUGGAAAAACUCGCCAAGUUUCCCGUAGGAGGUUCAAUUAUUUGCUUGCUGCACUUUCACCGCCGUCUGGCCACGUUUUUUUUUUUUUUUUGCCUUUGGUGAGCAGAGAGAGUCAGAGAGUGAUAUAUACAGGAUGAACUGAAAACUCAGACUAAGCAAGACGACAAUCAUGUGCGCCUCUCCGGGGACAGGCCUGGCUGGGGCCGCACAGGAGAGAGAGAGAGAGCGGGGGAAAAAGAGAGUGAGCAAUGUGAGGAAAAAGUAAAAGACAUGCAAAUGAAGGACAAAAGUUCAGACUUUUCUCAGAAGCUCAUUUAAUACACCCCCCCCCCCCCCCCCCCCCCAUGCUGUGUUUCCUCUGAGAAUGUUUUUUCAGCCCUUCAGCACUAAUAUAUUGUGACGGUGUAAAUUAAAACAUUUCUAUGUUCAUUUUGUAUUUUCUUCGGAAGAAUGGACACAAGAGCUGAUGACCAGUUGCAGCUCCGUGGAAUCGCCCCUGUGUUAAAUGAGUGCAAAUUAGAAUGUGAAAGGAACGCUUAUUCCGACCCCGCUUUCAUCUCGCCCAGUGAGAGUCACUUUCACUGUGCAUUAUGAAGCGGGAGGAAAACAGAACUCGCUGUAAGACAACCCUGUUUGAAAUGUUAUAUGAAGAUGACUGCAUUGGAUGUCUCAACAAGUGCAUUAUUGUAUGCAUAAUUAUGGAGGAGAUGGGUAGAACUGCCAAAAAAAGAAUGAAAGAUGAUGUAAACAAGCCCUUUGCCACCCUUGUAUGCCAAAUUAUAUGUAGGUGGGUGAUGUAAUGUGCCCUGGAGCAUCCAAUGGAAAUAGUCUGGGACAGUGUGUCCCUGUGUUCCUUGCCCUGAUGAAUGGCGUGUAGGAUGGAUGGUGUUCAGUGGAAGGAGACGGACGGCCCUUAGAGGACGGCCAGAGAGGUGAUUGGGCAGGCGGGCAGGCUGACGGGCGACUGGAUGCCCCAUUGAGAGCUGCGUUGCUGAUGAAACACAGUGGUGGUUUUAGGGUGCAUCUGAGACUGGACGACUCCAAGAUGACAGUCUGGUCAUUAUCCGAAAGAGGAGAAAAAAUGAAGGGGGUUUUAGAGUAUUGAAAUGACACCAUGCGUGAAGAGGUACUUUUAUGGCCACUAUUGGUUCAUGUUGCAUGAUCUGCUACAAGUCUUCUGUACUGUACAUUACCAUAGCCAUUACAAUAGAAAUGUUUGUUUCAUCAGUAGCUGGACAGACAAGUUUUAUUUUUUAUCUCAAGUGAAGUUUCUAGUGUAGGGUUACUGGUGGCUUAAAUAAAAAAAUUAAAAAAUCAGUUUUUGUGCUGUUAUGACAUGUUUACUUUAGCUGUGCCUCUUCACCUUGGUUAAGCCAAAGUAGACUGCAUUUUUUUCUAACUCUUACUCCUGGUUGCAUCUGAUUUUAUGCAUUACUUUAUCUGACGUUUAAGUCCGUCCACUGCACCAAACACAUCUGAUUUCUGCUAUAUCAAUUAAUACACAUGUAUUCAAUAAAACCCUCUGAUCAAUAUACUUUCAAGAACACACAGCAUGCCGUAGUACAUUUUCUACUCUUCAAUUUCUACACGUAGCAAUUCAUAUGUGAGAGACAGUGAUGCUCUAAUCCAUUGUUUGUGACUCAGAAUGUUUCUUUGUCUUCUUGGGGUUUCUGGAUAUUUUACAGCUUGAAAGCCCUGUGCACACGAUGCACCCCACAGUCAAACUAAAAGAGCUCUCAGGGCCAAAAUCUAAAGCUUAAACUUUUCUCUGUUGUUAUUGCAAAACUAUUAUCUUUCAUUUCUUCUUUUGAGACAAACUGGGUUGGUUUCUUUUAAGCAACACACUGCUGCUUUGUUGAUAGAUUAUCGUAAAUUAUUGUUGGACUGUCUGGAAACUAACUUAAUAGAUACAGAAUUCUGGCUGCUGCUGUAUCUAAUGCACGACUGUGUAUUAAUUCUGAUUCUGAUAUGUCCAAAUCAUUAUUCCUUUGUUCCAAACAAGGUCUCUUUUUUAGGCCUUUUUCUCAUAGUGCUUUAAUUUUGCUGUUUGUUUAUUUGGAUGUUUUUUUUAUUAACAUAAUUCCUAUUUCUGUCAUGUUUUCAUGUACAUUCUUCUUUGUUGCAUUUUAAUAUUCUGUUUUUUAUUUUAAGUUUAAUGUUUAAGUAACUUAUUUUGUGUGUAAAAAAUGUCAAUAUUUAUUACCAUUGUACAUAUUUCCCUAUUUUUUAUAUAUGUAU